AUGGCGCAAUACGGCGGCGAAGCCGCGAAUUAUUACAAUCAGCAAGGCCCUCCUCCACCCAAUACGUACCAGAUGCAGCCUCCUCCGCCGCAGCAGCAGGGCUACAACUACGCUCCACCGAACGGCAAUUACGCGCCCCCUUCAUACCCCCCUCCACAGUCGGACCCUAAGGGAGCACCGCCGUCAUAUGAUGAAGUCUUCGCCGUCCAGCAACCGAAAUGGAAUGAUCUGUGGGCUGGUAUCCUCUUCUUGGCCACCUGCGCCGGCUUCGUUGUUGUCUCGGCCAUCUCGAUUCAAGGAUAUGCUGCGACCCGUCGUGAAAACUCGGGCGGCCUCAAUGGCCAGCUCAAUACCUUCGGCCUGACCACCCAUACCAUCUACCUCUUUCUCUGGGUGCUGGUCACCGCCAUCGUGCUCAGCUACGCCUACAUGUGGCUGGCGCGCAAGUUUACCAAGCAGUUCGUGUGGCUUACGGGCAUUCUCAACAUCGUCUUCGGCUUUGUGACGGCCAUCUACAUGCUUAGCCGGCGCUACUACUCGGGUGGCAUCGUGUUCCUGCUGUUCUCCAUAUUCAUGGUCGUCGCUUUCCUCAGCUGGCGCAAGCGUAUCCCUUUCAGCGUGCUCAUGUUGCAGACCGCCAUGGACGUUGCCAAGCGCCACGGCCACGUUUACAUGGUCAGCGCCAUCGGCGGCCUAUUGGGAGCCGCCUUUGCGGCAUGGUACUCGGUCACCCUCGUCAGCGUGUACGUGAAGUACGAGCCGAGCGCCAACAAUCCGGCCUGUCGCCAAGGCGCCGGUGGGUGCGGGUCGGGCAAGGUGGUCGGGCUGAUCGUCUUCAUCACGUUCGCGGCGUACUGGAUCUCCGAGUGGCUCAAGAACACGAUCCACACGACCAUCGCGGGGGUCUACGGGUCGUGGUACUUCAACUCGCGCAACUACCCGACCAAGGUGACGCGCGGCGCGCUGCGGCGGUCGCUAACGUACAGCUUCGGGAGCAUCAGCCUGGGCAGCCUGGUCGUAGCCAUCAUCAACUUCCUGCGGCAGCUGGCAUCGGUCGCCCAGUCGCAGGCGGCGGCACAGGGUGACAUCUUGGCCACCAUCUUGUACUGCGUCGUCGGCUGUCUGAUCGGUAUCCUCGACUGGGCCGUCCAAUUCCUCAACCGCUACGCCUUUGCGCACAUUGCCCUCUACGGCAAGGCGUACAUCCCCGCAGCCAAGGACACCUGGAAGAUGAUCAAGGACCGGGGCAUCGACGCGUUGAUCAACGAGUGCCUGAUCGGCCCCGUGCUGGGGAUGGGGGCGACCUUUGUGGGAUACGCGUGUGCGCUGCUGGCGUACGUGUACAUGGUAUUCACAAACCCCGCGUACAACUCGGGCGGCGGCUUCACGCCCGUCGUCGUGGCUUUUGCCUUCCUCAUCGGCCUGCAGAUCUGCAAUGUCUUCACCACCCCGAUCAGCAGCGGCAUCGACACCAUCUUUGUGGCGACCGCCUGGGACCCCGAGGUCAUGAUCCGCGACCACCCGGAUUUGUACCACCGCAUGAUCCAGGUGUAUCCGCAUGUACAGGAGGCGAUUCAUGCGUGA